UGUUUUGUGUGGCUCAUAAACUCAUCAUUACCCUUUUCACUUACUCAAAUUCCAAAUCUCCCCAAGAAAAAAAUGGCUAUCCGAUCUAUCAAAUCGCCGACGGUGAUAACUCCCACCGCAGUCGUCUCCUCCUCCGUUAUCAACAAACCUCAAUCCAUCAGAUUCUCUCUUAAACCGACGGCGGCAACAACACUCGCCGUACACAACCGCGGGCCAUCGUUCUACGGCACCGGUUCUAAUCUCAAGCUCAAAUUAACGAAAUUCCGAUGCUCGGCGUCGGCGCUUUCGCCGCAGCUCAAAGAUACGCUGGAGAAACUGGUGAGUUCGGAGAAAGUGGUACUGUUCAUGAAAGGAAACAAAGAUUUCCCGAUGUGCGGGUUCUCGAACACGGUGGUACAGAUCUUGAAGAAUCUGAACGUUCCUUUUGAAGAUGUGAACAUUUUAGAGAAUGAGUUGCUGAGGCAAGGGCUUAAAGAGUAUUCGAAUUGGCCUACGUUUCCUCAGCUUUACAUCGGCGGUGAGUUUUUCGGUGGUUGUGAUAUUACUAUUGAGGCGUUUAAGAGUGGGGAGUUGCAGGAAGCCGUUGAGAGAGCUAUGUGCUCUUGAUUGAAUCUGGUGUUCAAUACCUGGAUUUGGUUUUUGUGUACCAUUUUGAAAAAAAUUGUGUCUUUUCUGAUGUUUCAGGUUAUAACAUUAAAGAGACAUAUUGUAUGAUGGUUUUAGUUAUAGAACAGUACAAUACUACGCUGUCUGUGAAUUCUGAGUUUCCUUAUGGAUUGAUCCUUUUGUUAUACAAUGUUGUGUUGUUUGUUU